AUGUGCAAAACCCAAGGUUUUCGUGACAUCACCCCACUUGUUGCCCUGACCUGUGUUGGUGUGGUGAUCAUUGGUCUAUCAUUCAUAAGUGGUCAGUUUGGAGAAAGGAUACAGAAAACAUUAAUUCAGCCAUUAGAAAACUUCAUGAACGAUAGGAAAAGGAUUGUCAAGGUUGCAAAAGUAUUGUUAAUGUUAUGUGUACUGGCUGCCAUUAUGGUGAUCAUUGGAACAUCUGUAUUGGUGCGACCACAAAACGCUGUCUCCCUUGUGGGAAUUGUGGUCUUUCUGCUGAUGAUGUGGAUAUGUUCGGCCCAUCCUACCAAGGUUAACUGGAGACCUGUAGUUGGAGGAUUGCUGCUACAGUUUUUCUUUGCUUCCUUGAUUCUCAAGCUGAGUGUGGGAUACACUGCAUUCAAGUUUCUUGGAGACAGAAUCCAGAUAUUCCUCAGCUUUACUAAUAAUGGAACGCAGUUUGUGUUUGGAGAAAAGUACACUGAUCAUUUCUUUGCUAUGAAGGUUCUGCCAGUCAUCGUUUUCUUCAGUUGUGCAAUCUCUGUGAUGUACUACCUGGGAGUGAUGCAGGUUGUCAUUGGAAAAAUUGCCUGGCUCAUGAGAGUGACCCUGGGAACCACUGCUGCUGAAUCUUUGUGUGCUGCUGGAAAUAUAUUUGUUGGCCUGACUGAGGCACCCAUCCUGAUCCGGCCUUAUCUGGGCGUAAUGACAAAGUCUGAGUUACAUGCAGUAACUACAUGUGGAUUUGCCACAAUUGCUGGAGGUGUAUUGGCCGCCUAUGUGGAGUUUGGGGUGCCCGCAGAACACUUGCUGUGUGCGUCUGUAAUGAAUGCUCCAUGUGCGCUGGCUAUUUCCAAAAUCCUGUACCCAGAAACAGAAGAAAGCAAGCUGAAGGUCUUCCCUAAGAGUGGGUCAGAGCCUACAGCAGAAGAGGAGAAGAAUGUAAUUGAAGCUGCAGCAGGGGGAGCAUCUGCUUCCAUUAAACUUGUGGCUAACAUCGCCGCCAACCUCAUUGCCUUUCUGGCCAUGCUGUCCUGUGUGAACGCCAUCCUUUCCUGGUUUGGUAGUUUUGUUGGUAUCAACAAUCUCUCCUUCCAGAUGAUCUGUUCAUACCUUCUGAUGCCAGUGGCAUAUUUGAUGGGAGUGGAUUGGAAUGAUGCCAGUGUGGUAGGUGAACUGAUUGGAGUCAAAACCUUCCUGAAUGAGUUUAUUGCUUAUAGUGAACUAUCUACAUACAUCAAAGCAAGGGAGGAGUGCCUUCCUGGUACAGUCAUGUCUGUGAGGUCAGAAGUAAUAGCAACAUAUGCUCUCUGUGGUUUUUCUAACCUUGGCUCGAUUGGAGUAAUGUUGGGAGCACUGGGUCCUAUGGCCCCUGAACGCAAGGGAGACUUGGCUACUGUGGUGAUGCGGGCACUCUUAGGUGGUAUCGUCACCUGCCUCCUCACCGCAUCCAUCGCAGGAUUGUUGCUGACAGAGUUCCCUGUCUCAGCUUCCUGUCUGAUGCCAAACAUCACAUCUUCAAUCCUGCAAGGAAACAAUACUGUGGAGAUGGUGCUAAACAUUACACAAACUGGAGGCUUGUCCACUGUGGCCUACAACACAUCACUGCCAGCUUUAUAA